AUGUCUCGUUCCAUCUACCUCGGCGCUGAUGCCAGCCUCACCAUUUGCGAUGUCAACGAAAAGUACGAACCGCAAGGCUCUCAGGCCUUGAUCUCAGUGAAAUACUCAGGCAUCAAUCACAACUUCGCCCACGUGGGUUUGCAUUCUUACGUCACUGGCUUCGAGUUCUCUGGCGUUGUUGAAGCUACGGGUUCCGAUUCUAGCUUCGUAGUUGGAGAUUCUGUCUUUGGCGUCUCCACUGUGCCUUUCCCGAAGCCAUCUUCACUCGGUACCCACCAAGACAAGGCCAUCGUGGAAGAUGCCUUCACCUACAAAGUUCCGGAAGGGCUUGAUCUCAAGGGUGCUGGUGGCUGCUUGAUGGGAGCUCAGGCUGCCGCAGACGCCAUCUUCAACAUCCUCGGCUCCGGAUGGCCGGCGGCUGGUGUUCAGGGCAUCAGUCCUGCUGGCAGGCCCAUCUUGAUCUGGGGCGGUGCAACGAAUGUCGGAGUUUCUGCCAUCCAACUCGCAAAACAGCUUGGCUUCAGCCCGAUCUUGGUCACAGCCUCUCCCAAGAAUCACGCCAAGCUCCAGGACCUGGGUGCUACCCACUGCUUCGACUACAGGAGCCCCAGCGUUGUUGACGACAUUCGGGCCACCGUUAAGAAGCUCGGGGUCACGCUUACCACAGCCUUCGACACGGCGUGCAGUGGUGUUAUGUCUCCGGAUGUUGAGGCAGACAAGACGUCUCCGGCACUCACACGCAAGUGUUUGUCGGACGGCGCGGACGUCGAAGCGAUCAAGUUGGCUAGCACACUCCCCGUCAAACACGAUGCGGAUUUUCGCCUUUGUACCACAUACAGGCCCCCCGGCAGCAUUGGGGCAAUGGGGGAGCCUCAAGAUCCUGGGUUCCCUACUCGUACCCGGAAGGUGAUGGAAUAUGUGGUGGAAACGGCCGACCGGAUACCUAGACAUCCCAAUGUCAUUUUCGUCAAGGGGGCUGAGAAGGGAAUCGAAGAGAUACAGCGUGUAUCACACGGAGCUGCAUCUUUGGAGAAGGUUGUCAUUGAGCAUCCCAUGUAG